AUGUCCGAGAUACUCAAAUUCAGAGCAGGUGUUGCUGAUUUCGAUGAGACUUCUAAGAUUUGCUCUCCCGUUCCCAUUAAAGGAGAAAUCGUGGUAAAACAUUCUGAGGAAGCUGAAGGGUUUUACGAUUUCGAAUGGAAACCAAUUGAGAAAGUAGCCUCUGGCAACGUUGAAACGAUUGAACUGAUUCUAAUUCCAGACACGACGAAGUGGAUUCAUAUCAAAUCGUCUAAAAAUGGCCGGGUUUUCUGUUUGCUGUUUUCGUCGGAUGAGAAGUACUUCUUCUGGCUUCAAGAUAAACAUCAAGGCUCAGAACAGCUCAAUGAUCUCUCUGAUGUUGACAAGAAGAUGGUCGAAAAGUUUGAAGAAAUACUAAGCUCCGAGGCUGACGACGAAGAGAGCGAGGCAAACAAAGACCACGAUAUGGAAGGACAGGAUCAGGACCAGGAUAAAGACGUUGAGAUGGACGCCGCUCAAACUUCAAAUCAACCUGUCGCACAUAUCAAUGAUUUUUUAACCAAACAACUCAUCAUCGACCAUGUGCAAUCUUUGGACCCUCAAUCGCCCCAGUUACUUCGUCUGCUGGAGCACUUGCCUGAAGACCAGCCCCGUAAUAAGGCCACCCUUAUUGAGUGCUUACGCGGCCCUUACUUCUAUCAAGCAACGGACACUUUAUCGAGGACUUUGUUGGAAGGCUUUGAGGCGUCACUCACGAUUUCCAGUGGGUUCGGCUACGACUUUUCCGGGGAUGGAGUUUUAGGCUUCAUCAAGGGAGCUAGAAGCAAGGGCAAGAAUGAUUACCAAAAAGAUCAUCAAAAAGAUCAUCAAGAUCAGCACGACCAAGAGGAUGACACCAAUUGA